CCCACAGCACCAACAGCAAGUGGCACAGGCUGUUGAACGUGCCAAGCAAGUGACAAUGACGGAGUUGAAUGCUAUCAUCGGGCAGCAGCAGCUCCAGGCCCAGCACCUCUCCCACGCCGCCCACGGGCCCCCGGUGCAGCUGCCCCCGCAUCCCUCGGGUCUCCAGCCCCCGGGCCUCCCGCCCGUCACCGGCAGCAGCUCGGGGCUGCUGGCCCUCGGUGCCCUGGGGAGCCAGGCUCACCUCGCCGUCAAGGACGAGAAAAACCAUCACGACCUGGACCAUAGAGGUGAGAACGAGGGCUCGGAAGCAGUUGGGAAGGAUGGCAAGAGGUGGCCACGGAGCUACGGGCAGAGCCUGGGCAUCCUCCAGCACCCACGCAGGCACCCUCGGUUCCAGCAGGAAUGUACCUGGGCUCCUUGGAUCAUCAUCUUCUUGCCACAGGAGUGA